AGUCCAGUCUGAUAACACGUUUCAUCAGCAAAAUUCAGAAGGAAACUCGCACACACACCAGUGAUGGUUGUUGUAAGGAGGCUCUGACGAGCAGAAUGGCUUUCCACAGUCAGGGGAUGAUGGAGCACAUUUCACUCGUCCGUCCGCUGGCUCUCCACAGCAUCUCCAUGGACAACAGCGGAGCGCACUGUCAAGACGCGCUUCGCCUCGGACUGCCCUGCCACCUGGACGCCUACUUUGACCCCGUGCACGGACAGAGAUUACCCUGCAGACGAUUCUCCUACAUCCCCUUUCACGGACCCCUCGGUGUGUGCGAUUACUCUUUCGAGCCCGCGUUUAUCCGGAAAAGGAACGAACGGGAACGACACCGGGUGCGCUGCGUAAACGAGGGUUACGCGCGCCUCCGGGAGCACCUGCCUCACGAGUUCGACGACAAACGGCUCAGCAAAGUGGAGACGCUGCGUGCGGCCAUUGACUAUAUCAAACACCUCCAGAGCCUGCUGGAUGUAAACGUCUCCGGGGUGGAGGUAUCACUCGGAGGGGCGCGCAAACUCGAGCGGCUACAGCAGAGCUCGGAGUGCACUAGCGAUGGAGAAACCCAAACCAGCCUAAGCGAAAGCGGGGAUGUUGUUUAAAUAGCCCUGCCUGUCACUCAGACCUGCUGUGUAUGAUCAAAGUGUAAAAAGGAAAAAGGGACAGUAAAGAUGAGCUGUAAUUAUUAUUGAGUCAUAUUAUUUUUAUAUCAUGCAGUCAAUGAAAUAAUAAUGUCUUUCUUCACUUUCGGAAAAGGUACAUGUUACAAAAUUAUCCCAGCUCAUUUAUGUCAUCAUUAAAUUGAGUUUAAAAAAAAAAAAAAAAAAUCAUUAAC